UGUUUUUCUGGUGCAGCUCACUUUUUCUCUUCGUUUUCUAGCUUCUUCGUUGCUUCUCGUCUUUGGGUUCCUUUUUUUUCCUUUGCUCAUGGCGGAGGUUUUAGACGAUGGUGAGUUUUGGCUUCCGCCUCGGUUUUUAGCCGACGAUGACUUGUUUAUGGAGAAGAGUAAAAUUAAUAACAGUCACGACUCUUUGUUUCCCUACGACUUACCGUCGGAUCUAAGUUCUCCGGUUGAGUCCGUGCUGGGUUCUACCGAGACAGACAGUGACGAAGAACAUUUCCUCGUUGGGUUAACUCGUCAAAUGGCUCGCUAUACUCUUCAAGAUGAUUUUGGCGGCAACCACCCUGCGUUUUCCUCUAAGAUCUCCAAGGAUUGGGUCUUGUCCAGUUCUCCCGAAUCGACCCUGUGUGAGUUUAGCUCAAACAACCAUUCUCGAAUUUCAUCGCCGCCGGGAACAUGGACUCUGCUUUGUUCGGCUGCAGAGAUAGCAGCGAGGGUACCAGUGAAUGAAGAAUCAAACGGUGGGUUCAUUAACAAAGGCCUUUUAGGACCACCAGCCGAAAAGCCCUCGCCAAACCUUCACCAGUCUCUUUCAUCGCGGGCCACUCAAUUUCAGCAAGUGGACCAAACCCAGCUAAUGAAACGACAACAUAACGUACAAGUUUGGGGAGGAAAGAAGCAGCGCCAUCAGCAACAUGCGGUCCUUCAAAACAGUGUCAGGGGCGGUAAUGGUACUAAUAGACCUACCGCUGUGUUCCCUCUUGCAUGGGCUCCUUUGCUGCAACCCCAGCCUCGAAAUGGGGCAGGUGUGGGGGCUGUUUUCUUGGGCAACCCGACCGCCAAAAGGGAAUGUGCUGGAACCGGUGUUUUCUUGCCUCGUCGUUCUGGUACUGCUGGACCCCGCAAGAAGCAAGCAGUUUGUCCUGUUCUGGUUCCAGCUCGAGUGGUUCAGGCCUUGAACUUGAAUCUUGAUGAGAUUAACACUCAGCCCCAUCUUCUGUCUGGGUUAAACGCGAGUGUCGCUACUGGUAGCGGUGGUGGAUCGAGGUUUAGAAGUCGUGGGAAUGACUUUGCUAAGCAAAACAAGUUUAGACAAAAGCAAGUAAUCAGCCGUGAGAUUCGGUUACCUCAGGAAUGGACAUAUUGAUUCUACUUUGAAUUAAUCCUCUGUAGUCAAAGGCUAGGACUUGAAGAAAGAGUUUAGUGCAGGGGAAAGAGUAGUUUGAUGGGAUAUUUAUAGGUUUAAGAAAGAAAAUAUUGUUAUUAGGAAUAUGAAAAUUGGAUUUUUAGGUGAAAAUAGAGGUAUUUUAUAGUGUGAGUAGUGCAAGGCUGAAGCCAGCCGUUUUUGGGCCGGGGGUUACUGUGCUGUAAGCUA